AUGAGUAUCCCACAAAUAGAUGAUAAAGAAAUUACACGUGAAUUGUGGCAAUCACGUUUACCAGUACGUUUUAUAUUGUCCGAUGAAGAUACAACGAAAGUAAAUCGUUCUGAAUCACCAGAACCACUUUAUUUAAUGCUCACUCGUCAUAUCUAUUUUCCAUGUAUUGUCGAGAAAAUUUCUCGUUAUUAUUCAAAUUAUUUCAAAGGGAAUUUAAAUGAUCCAACUAAUAAUAUAAAUCUUAAUAAUUUAUGGUUUGAAUAUGAAAGUAUUCCGCUCAAAUGGCAUUAUCCAAUCGGUGUUCUAUAUGAUUUGUAUACAUCAUCAUUAUCAACAUCAUCGUCUCAUCUACCAUGGCAAAUAAUAGUUCAUUUGAGUAAAUUUCCUGAAAGCGAAUUGAUUCGUUUUCCAGAUAUUGAAUGUAUUGAAUCACAUUAUAUGACCACACUAAAAGAAGCCGAUGCACUUAAACAUAAAGGUCAAAUUAUCGGCGACAUGCAAAAACGUGAUCAUAAACAAUUGUGGAAUUCGUUAUUACAAGAUAAAUAUGAAGGUUUUUGGAAUAUAAAUAUGAAAUUAAUGGCUUAUACAGAGAACUUAAAAUAUUUUCGUUAUAUACCAUUUCGAAUUUAUAUCUUAGAUAAACCAUUUAUACAAAAAUUAUUUUCACCCUAUGACGUUGAACAUAAUAAAUGGCUAACACUGUUUGAUUUAUUACAAUAUUCAUUAGAUCAUGAAGUAAAAUGUGAAAAAUCAUCGAAUGAAAAGAAAAUUACAAACAAUAAUGUCGAAGAUUAUCGUGUUAUUAUUCAUGGUGUAGAACCACCUCUUAAUACACCAGUACAAUGGCUAAGUGAAUAUUUUUCACAUCCCGAUAACUUCCUUCAUAUUUGUCUUGUCGAAAACCAUACAAGACGAUAA